AGGACAACACUUCGUUUGCACAGCGGCGGUGUAUUUGUCGUGAGGCGGGAGAAUGGUUUUGGCAAAGGGCCUGAGGCCCGCCCAGGUUGUGUCCGUGAUAUUGGCCGUACGCCUCCUGUCUGUUUUCCUGGUUCAGACGUGGUAUGUUCCUGACGAGUACUGGCAGACCUUGGAGGUAGCCCACAAACAUGCAUUCGGAUAUGGAGCUUUGACUUGGGAAUGGCAGAAGGGUAUAAGGAACUACUUAUACCCAAGUAUUGUAGCAGUCCUGUACACGAUUCUUAAGUUCACCAGACUUGAUUACCCGGAUGCUGUGGUGUUUCUCCCUCGCAUCUUACAAGCAAUCAUAAGUACUGCGGCCGACUACAGCUUUUACAAAUGGUCCGGUAAAAGGAAAUGGGCCCUCUUUCUGAUCUUGACGUCUUGGUUCUGGUUCUACACAUCUAGUAGAACACUCCUGCAGACCUUGGAAACUGCUUUGGUGUCUAUUGCGCUGUCUAUCUUUCCUUUCAAGGCUGGAAAACUUGGUUAUUAUGAACAAGAGAAUAAUAACUGGGUGUGGUUGGCUUGUUUGUCUGUGUUCGUGAGACCAACUUCAGCACCGAUAUGGGUCGUUCUUGGGGCUUACAAUAUCACAACCACCAAUCAGGGUCGUCUGAAACUCAUUUUGAAAUCCUAUCUGCCUAUUGUUCUCAUAUCCGGCGGAGCAUUAGUAGCACUGGACUCUUACAUCUACGGAAGAUUGAUUGUGACUCCUUGGGAAUUUUUCAAGUUCAAUGUCCUACAGAAUAUUUCUUCUUUCUAUGGAGAACACCCAUGGCACUGGUAUAUAACACUAGGACUGCCAGCAGUACUCGGAACUAAUGUCAUUCCAUUGUUAUGGGCGGCAAUAAAUAUUGUUCGAAGACCAAAAGAAAACAAAAUUGGUUUGCUGUUGUUGAUUGCAGCAGCUUUACACGUUGCAGUGCACAGCUUUAUACCCCACAAAGAAUUCAGAUUUGUUUUGCCAUUGCUUCCAAUACUACUUUACUUAGCACAAGAUGUUAUUGUUCCUUGGAGUAGGAAAGCUACAAAAUGGCAGUUGUACUUGACGGCUCUAGUGAUUCUCGUCGGUAACUUACUGCCCAGUCUUUACUUUGGUCUCAUUCACCAAAGUGGAACAUUGAAAGUGAUGCCUUUGCUGCGAGAGGCGAUACCGAACAAUCGCUCUUCCAUACUGUUCAUGAUGCCAUGCCAUUCUACUCCUUUAUACAGCCAUCUUCAUACAAACGUCACCGCCCGCUACUUACACUGCGAUCCAGUACCCCAAAAUACUUACGAGUCGGAGGCUUUCUAUCACAACCCACAGCGCUGGUGGGCCAGCGAGUAUUCCACGAGACAAACGCCCACGUUAAUUGUUCUAUUUGACGUGCUGCGAGGAAGAGUCGAGAGUCUCUUAAAGGGAUAUGAGCUUUUACAUGAAUUGCCUCACACACAGUACCCCAAAGGCGAAGUAGGAGAGAAGGUGUUAGUUUACAAGAAGAUAGAAAGCAAAACAAAAGUACAGGCAGAUGAAAUAGUUCAAUGAUCGCAAGAAACAAUAUUGAACUGUUAGUAAAAU